AUGUCGUCCCUUGAUAAGAAAUUGACACAUAAAUCCACGUACUCUGAACAGCAGCCCGUGGGUCUACACACCAGGGGUUCGUCAAGUUUAGCCAGUACCGCAGACACUUCACCUUCUCCACCGACAGUUUCGAUAUCAGAGUCAUUGCAACCCAUUAUGGACAACCCUAAUCGCGCAAUAGAGGCGGUCAAUAAUGCUGAAUGCUCAAUGACACUCAGACAGGGUAUCAGGCUCUACCCAAAAGCCAUCACGUGGUCAGUGUUAUUGUCAAUGACCCUCAUCAUGGAAGGGUACUCCACUAUCCUGGUACCCAACUUGUUCGCCAUGGCCCCUUUCAAAGAGAAAUUUGGUAGCUUACAACCCAACGGGGACUAUGAGAUCAGCGCUACUUGGCAGAGUGCAUUUGUCAAUGGGGGUCUCGCAGGUCAGAUUCUAGGACUCUUCGUUACAGGCACUCUAGCCGAAUGCAUUGGAUACCGACGCGCUCUCAUGACUGGACUGACCGCGAUGGCUCUCUUCAUACUGAUACCAUUCUUCGCUACAACCAAGGUGGUGUUGCUGGUUGGCCAAUUUAUGUUGGGGAUGCCCUGGGGAAUGUUCCAAUGCAUCUCUACAGUCUACGCAGCCGAUGUUUGCCCUGUAGCUCUCAGAGCUUACUUGACAACAUAUGUCAAUGCAUGCUGGGUACUCGGACAACUUGUUGCUUCAAUAGUGUUGCGCAGCAUGAUCACUGACACUUCUUCAUGGUCAUAUCGCAAACCAUUUGCGCUCCAAUGGAUUUUCCCCGUACCGAUACUCGUCGCCGUGUACCUUGCACCGGAGUCUCCAUGGUGGCUCAUCAGGCAAAGCAACUUCGCUGAUGCAAAGAAAUCCCUUCGCCGCUUACGAACCAAACCCAAGCACGUCUCUGAUGCCGAAUUCGAUGCUGGGCUAGACGCUACAAUGCACACAAUGGUACAGACGAACGAAAAGGAAUUGCUGAUGCAGAGCGGAACGAGCUACAAAGACUGCCUCAAAGGGAUUGACAGACGACGAACAGAGAUUACGUGUAUGGUUUGGACGGUUCAAACACUAUGCGGUGGUUCGUUCAUGGGCUUCUCAACAUACUUUUAUGAACAAGCCGGUCUGGGUGCUUCAUAUGCUUUUAGUCUAUCACUGGGUCAGUUUGCGCUUGGCCUUCUCGGUGUCGUCGUAUCCUGGACUCUGAUGAUCCUCUAUGGGCGCCGCAGCCUAUACCUUUUUGGCCAAGUAUUGACUUUCGCCUUUGUCUUGUCCAUCGGCAUCUUGGCGUGUAUACCCGGGCGCCGUACCGUCACUGUUGCUAGCCCUGCUACUAACAUUAUCCCACCUACAGUCGCGGAUGUACCGCCUGACGCACUCAAUUGGUCCAUCGCUGCGCUGUUGCUAGCCUUCACUCUCACAUACGAUGCAACGAUUGGCCCUAUAUGCUACGCUCUUGUAUCAGAGAUUCCCUCCACGCGAUUACGCAGCAAGACCAUUGUUCUCGCACGCAAUUGCUACAACAUCUCCAGCAUCGUCGCCAACGUCAUCACACCGCUCAUGCUCAAUCCCACAGCGUGGGGUUGGGGUGCGCUAACCGGCUUCUUUUGGGCUGGCACAAGCAUCAUCGGUAUCAUAUGGAGUUGGUUCCGGCUCCCAGAACCGAAAAAUAGGUCAUUUGGGGAAUUGGACGCACUCUUCGAAAGAAAACUUUCGGCAAGGAAGUUCAAAAAUACAAACCUGAGACCUCCUGAACACGCGGUGAAUAAUGUCACGGUGGCAAUUGGGAAGCGCACAGGAUAG